AUGCUUUUGAAUCUUCUACAAUUACUCAUCUUGGGUUCAUUAAUCUUGAGCAAUGUCAAAGUUUUUGGAUUUGUUAUUCCAACUCAUGGUGAAAAUGUUAAUAAUACAAAAUCUAUUACCCAUUCAACUGUUGAUGAAACUGGUGCUGAGAUCACUGAUCCUGAAACUCUUUCUAAAAUUGAAAUUAGUUUAGAUUUUGUCAAUAAUCCAACUCAUUAUGAAAUUUCAAUCAAUGAUAGGUUUAACGAAACUAUUGGUAAAUUUAACAAAAGAGAUGUUAAUUCUUGGGUUAGUGAACAUCAAGGAUUAUUUGCAGUUUCUGGUUUGGCUGUCAGUGUUGUUGGGUUGGUGAAUACUCCAGUCUCGAGUGUUAUCUGUGGAUCUGCUGGUGGUUUUAGUUUUGGAAGUGCAUGUUUCAAUUGGGCUGCUACUAUGGUUGUCACUGUCACUGGUGUCUCAUACGCUGCUAAUGUCUACUCUGAUACUGAAUAUAUUCAAAAUCAUCCAUUUACUAAGAAUCAAGGUGUUUUAACAUUAACAAGAGAACAAAUUAUUGAAGUUGCCGAAAAGCAAAAACUUCAAGAAGAACUUCAAGACGCUGUGAAUUCUGAUGAUCCUGAUGAUUAUGAUAUUGAUCAUAUGAAAGAUCUUAUUUCAAGACUUGAUGAAUUAAAAGACAUUCAUGUGAUUGAUGAAGCUGAGUUAACGAGAGAGCAUAGAUUAAAGUCCCGUGGGGUUGAAGGUACAAGAGUUUCAGAAAGUCUUCAAGGUAUCGAAGACGUUACGUUCUAUAAUGCUGAUGUCAAAUGUAUUGUUAGCUCUAAAUGUGGUAACUCAAGAAUUAAUAUGAAUUUUGGUAGAGUUAAAUUAGAUCAAAAUCGUGGUUAUGCUACUACACUUGAUUUAAUUCCAGGUCAAGAUUAUCAACAUUUAGCUCAAAAAUUAAUUAAAUCAAGUUUAGGUGAAGAUGUUUCAAGGGAUGUUGGUCUUCCUUCAGGUAUUAAAGGUAAAUUGAAAAGUUUCAAAAGAGAUGCCUUUAUUGCAUUUAAUUAUGGUGCAGAUGUUGAUCAAAAUUUACAAAAGAUGAAAAAUAUGGAUUUCCAUCCAAUCAAGGAAUCUGUUAGAAAGACCUUGAGUGUUUUCAAUCCAUCAAAAGCAUCUUAUGGAUAUUGUGGUGUUGAUAAAGAUGAACUUGCUGAAUCAACUGGUGAUCAUUCAUUCUUUGGAUAUUUGAGUUCAUUUGCAAGAGGUACCAUCACUUUCAAUAAAAUUGGUGAAGUCAACGUUGAUUGUGUUUCUGUUAGACAACAUAUCAAGAACCUUGCUCAUAAGCCAAAAGAAGCAGCAUCUCGUAUCAAAGGAAAAUUAGGUAGAGCCAAGAAUUCAGUUAAAGAAAGUAUCAAAGAUUAUGCAGGUAUUGAUGAUGAAGAAUAUCCUGAAUCAAAUGAUUAUGAAUCUGAAUAUGAAGAUGCUAAUGAUUACGAAUCAGAGUAUGAAGAUGCUAAUGAUUAUUAUUCAGGUGAAUCUGAUGCUAAUGAUGAUGGUGAUUAUCAUUUUUAG